ACGUCACAACGCUGUUGUGAAACUUGCAAAACUAAUUUGCAGGAAAAAAUAACAUUGUUUUUUCACUUUUUCCUUUCUCUGAAAAUUGAAUUCUGAAUAUUUGUUUAUCAAAAGGCCUUAUAAAGUUUGACUAUUACAUGACACUAAGAGUGACCAUAUCUAAGAAUGGAAAUUCUUUAUCAGGCAGAAAGGUCAUUGCAGUUCCCUCAACAUUUACUGAAUUCCUCGCAGUGGCAAGUCUGUCUCUAGGAAUAAAAGGAAAGAGGGUUUUUAACCAACAUGGUGGAGAAAUACAUGACAUUUUAUUUAUAAGGGACAAUGAACUGCUGUACAUAUCUGAAGGUGGAGAUUUUUGUUCAGAAAAAGAAUGGGUGGCCCUGAAUGUUGGUGGAAAACUUUUCACUACAACACGGAUGACCUUAACAGCUAAAGAGCCAUUCAGUAUGCUCUCACGGAUGUUUUCUUCCGAUUCCGGACAAUUCAACCUUAGCCCGAGCUCAGUUGAUGCCAGUGGCGCAUAUUUGAUUGACCGUAGUCCGACAUACUUUGAGCCAAUUCUUAAUUAUUUGAGGCAUGGCAAAUUAAUACUUGACUCUGGAGUUAACGUGCAAGGGGUUCUAGAAGAAGCUCAAUUUUUUGGAAUCGAGUCAUUGGUACCUCAACUUGAAUCUCUCGCCGAUGACGAAAAGUCGAAGAAAAAGCAACAACCAUUGACAAGGGCAGAAGUUAUCAAAGCUUUGGUUCGUACUUCACCAACCACCGAACUUCGCUUUCAGGGCGUAAAUUUGGCCGAAGCGGACCUCUCUAAACUUGAUUUAAGGAGCAUAAAUUUUAAAUAUGCGUGCAUGCGUGGCUGUAAUCUGUCCGGAGCAAAUUUGAGUUGGUGUAAUUUGGAGCGUUGCGAUCUAUCUGGCUCAAAAAUGGAUGGGGCACAACUUCUUGGAGUGAAAAUGCUGUGUGCUACAUUGGAAGGCGCUUCCUUACGUGGCUGCAAUUUUGAAGACCCUGCUGGUAGUCGAGCCAAUAUGGAAGGAGUCAACAUGAAGGGAGCUGUUCUCGAAGAGAGUAAUAUGGCUGGGGUAAACCUUCGUGUGGGAACCUUGAAGUACGCAAAUCUUCAAAACUGCACUUUGAGGGGAGCUGUUUUGGCUGGAGCAGAUUUGGAGGGUUGCGACCUGUCUGGAAGUGAUUUACAAGAGGCCAAUCUUCGUGGAGCAAAUUUAAAAGAUACAACAUUGGAAUUAAUGUUGAAUCCCCUCCACAUGUCUCAGGCUAUUCGUUGAUUAUAAUUUUUUUCGCCGGUCUACUCCCUCCUCGUUUUGAUACGAAAUAUGAAGCUUUACAUUAAAUUUUUUUAUUUUAAAAUCCAUAAAUGAAUUGUAUUAGUGGACAGUUUUAACUAUGUAUUAUUUUGUUCCUAUUUAUUGAUUUUAAUGAUUUAGAUUUAGGAAGAGGUGCGGGUUUUCAAUUUAAAGAAAAAUACAAUAUGUGGAACAGUAAA